CCAGCGAAGAAGAAAAUCCGGAAGUUAGCAAGUUUGUUCCAAAAAAUGUGUAAAGUCAAGCAGUUGAGAAUGUUGAUGGAGCAGCGACUGAAUUCUGUAAUUGAAGAAAUAUUUGGAGUGUUGGAAAGAACCAUAGCAGAGUACGAGGAGGAACUUUCUAGAACAAAAGAGAAGACAAAUCGACAACAAAAACUUCUGGACGCCGUUUUCAAACCUCGAGUUGUGCUACGCAAAGCAGACAACCAGCAUGUGUCGGUAAAGAGUCCAGAAGAGAUUCCAUCUCAGCAGCAGGAGUGGCGCUCCACUGUGGGGGAAAAGGAGCGAGAGCCCAACCUCACAGAGGAAAAGGAGAAAACGUGGGAGCAGACUCAAAGGUUGGAGGAGGAGGAGGAUGAUGAUGACAAUGAGGCUCAGUUUUCACAGCUUCAUCACAGUCAAAGUGAGGAGUGCAGAGGGGCGGAGCUUCUAACUCAACACAUUGCAGAUGGAGAGCUUUGUGAAGAUAUAAACUCAGAACCAGACCCCAUCUUUGCUCCACUGUCAGAUAUAGACGGCAUGAUGUCAGACUCUUCUGAGAGCGAUCAGUGCAGAGGGGCGGAGCUUCUAACUCAACACAUUGCAGAUGGAGAGCAUGGUGAAGAUAUAAACUCAGAACCAGACAGCAUCUUUGCUCCACUGUCAGAUAUAGGCGGCAUGAUGUCAGACUCUUCUGAGAGCAAUCACAGUGACGACAUCCUAAAACCUUUGGAGAGUACACGUGACUCUAAACGUGAUGUGAGAGAUCAUACCUACUGCAAACACUUUGACUGCGGGAGCUCAUUUAGACACAGGAGUCUUUUGACAACGUACAAGAGAACACACACUGUAGCAAAACCUUUCGCUUGCUCAGUUUGCCAGAAGAGUUUCUACACAAAGAAUGCUAUGACCACACACACGCGAUCACACAUGGAGAUGAAAUUCCCCUGCUGGCUUUGCAAUGAAAGAUUCAAAAGUAAACAUCACGCCAUGAUACACAUGAGAACGCAUGCUGGGGAGAAACUGUUAAGUUGUAAUGUGUGUUGCAAAAAGUUCACAUUAAAGGGUACACUGAAAACACAUACAAGAAGAGAGAAGAAACCAUUUUUGUGUUCAGAUUGUGCUGAAAGAUGAAGAUUAAAGCAAACUCGAUAUUACACACUGGCGAGAAACCUUUUACCUGCUCUGUUUGCAAGAAGAGUUUCUCCAUAAAGUAUAAUUUGACCACACACACGGCAGAGAAUAAAUUUUUCCUGCUCGAUUUGCCCUAAAAGAUUAACUCCAAAAAGAGAAAAAUGAGAACAUACACUGGAGAGAAACCGUUCAUUUGUAACUUGAAGGUUCACGUAUUGACUUGUAUUGUAUUCAGUUUGUUGCUUUGUUGGGUCUGCUCCUGUCUCUGGCCAUGCUCCCCCCACCCGCCCCAGGCCACCAAAGUGUAUAUGUUUUUGUUGUUGUUUUACUUUUAUGGCUGUGUGUAGAAGUGGCUGGUUUCCCCACGGGGAUUAUUAAAGUAUUUCUGAUUCUGAUUAUUAUCAGGUCAGUACUUACAAGCAGACACAGUGUGUUGACAGAAAAGGGAGAACGGACGUAUUUUAGCUUAAAAACUAACGAUAAAGGUGAAGUUGUAACACUGAAACGCCCACAGGAAGAGGUGCUUAAGACCUGGCUAGCUAGCCAGCGGCUUAAGUCCAUCCGCAUUUUGCAGUGUUGUGGAUACUCCUAAAUCACUAAUCCUCGCCUCCAUGGCGACAGAUAAAGUAAGUGUCAGGGUUGCCCCUGACAGUUUGGUUGCGUUUGUCUUAGUUUCCUGUCAGUGCUUUUAUUUUGUCUUCAUUUCCUGCUUGUAUCCCUGAGUGCUUUUUCCCCUCAGAUGUGGCUGAUUGGCACCGGGCCACACCUGGUGUCAAUCAGCCAGAUGCUAUUUGAACCUGCCUUCCCCUCCAGUCAGGGCUGGAUUAUUGUCGUUCCGACCUGUCGUGUCGAUGUCAGUUUAGCUGGAUGCGGUAGCGGUAAACUAUAUUCUGUAGCGGUUUGUAGCUUGCUGUCUUUUUGUUCCUCGUCUUCCAGUUCCUGAUUCCCUGGCAUCCUGUUUCCUGUUCCUAGAUCCUGGUUUGUGUUUUUUCUUUAUAUUUUUGGACAUUAAAUAAUGUU